GCCAGUGUUCCUGGCUGAGGAAUUCUGGGAGUUGACGUCCACAAGUCCUAAAAGGGCCAAGUUGGAAGACCCCUUGCUCUAGGGGCGACGGAACCCUGCUCGCGGCCCCAGAGGCUGGACUGGAUGGCCUCUGGGAGGCCCCCUUCGCCUUCCCCGGCUCCGCUCACCGCCCUCUCCGUCUCCUCUUUUCCCUCCUCUGCAGGCUUCUCCCACGAGGACUUCCAGGCGGCCGGCAGCUCCGAGGCCGAACGGACGGCGCCCCCCACCCGCGACCUGCCGGCGCGCGAAGCCCCCUUCUCCACCACGGCGCCCACCCUGAAGCUGCUCAACCACCACCCGUUGCUGGAGGGCUUUUUCCCUGAGGAGCCCCCGCCCAGGGAGGGCUCGCAGCCCGCGCCCCUCCUCGCCUGGGCGCCCCCCCGCCGCCCGCCCGCCCCGGGGCCCGCCGCGACCCCCACUCCGACGGCGGCGUCUCCAACCUCGGAGCCCGCGGGCGCCGUUAACCCUCGUGACCGGCAGGCGGCGCACAUCUCCCCCGGCUCCUCGGGGGUCGCGGGGGUCGCGCUCUCCAGCCCCAGGGACCGCUCCCCGGGGGCCACGUCGCGCAGGGGGCCUGAGACCACCGCUGCACCUGUGGCAGGGCCCUGCUGCUGGAACCUGACCGGACCUCGGGGCGCCCUGGCAUCUCCGCUGCCCAGCAACACCCCCUACGAGAACGGCUGGCUGGAGUGCGCCUACACCAUCUCGGUCUAUCCUGGUUACGGCGUGGAGAUCCGGGUGCAGAACAUCAGCCUUGCGGAAGGCGAGACAAUCACCGUGGAGACCCUCGGCAGCCUGGAGCCCCUUCCCUUGGCCAAUGAGUCCUUCCUGAUGCGUGGUCAGGUGGUCCGUGGCCCCACCAAUCAGGUGCUGGUCCGGUUCCAGAGCCCCUCCCCUGCCAACCCGGGGACCUUCCAUUUCCACUUUGAAGCGUACAUGCUGAGCUGUGCCUUCCCUGCGCGGCCGGCGUACGGCGACGUCUCUGUCAGCAGCACUCAUCCGGGAGGCCAAGCGUGCUUCUCCUGCGUUGUGGGGUACCAGUUGGUGGGGAAGCCCUGCCUGUCAUGCCUCAAUGCCACCCACCCCUUCUGGAGCCGCCAGGAGCCCACCUGCGUCGCGGCGUGUGGAGGGGUGAUCCAGAACGCCACCACUGGGCGCGUCGUGUCGCCAGGAUUCCCGGCCAACUACAGCAAUAACCUCACCUGCCACUGGGUGUUGGAGGCGCCACCUGGGCAGCGGCUGCACCUGCAUUUCGAAAAGGUUUCCUUAGCAGAGGAUGACGACAGGCUUAUAAUCCGUAAUGGCAACAACAUUGAGGCGCCUCCGGUGUACGACUCGUACGAGGUCGAGUAUCUGCCUAUCGAGGGGCUGGUCAGCACCAGCCGUGGUUUCUUCAUCGAGUUUUCCACAGAUAGUGGUGGUGUGGCCGCCGGCGUGGCCCUGCGCUAUGAGGCCUUCCGGCCCGGCCACUGCUACGAGCCCUUCGUCAAGUACGGGAACUUCACCUCCAGCAACGGCAGCUACAAAGUGGGCACCACGGUGGAGUUUGCCUGCGAGCCCGGCUACACCCUGGAGCAAGGCUCGGUCAUCAUUGAGUGCGUGGACCCCGCCAACCCGCAAUGGAACGAGACGGAGCCGGCCUGCCGAGCUGUGUGCAGUGGGGAGAUCACAGAUGCAUCCGGAGUGGUUUUAUCCCCCAACUGGCCCGAGCCGUAUGGAAAAGGGCAGGACUGCAUCUGGGGGGUCCACGUGGAGGAGGACAAGCGCAUCAUGCUGGACAUACGUGUGUUGCGUUUGGGCAAAGGGGACACGCUGACCUUCUACGACGGGGAUGACCUGACGGCCCGCAUCCUGGGCCAGUAUUCCGGCUCCCACCGGCCCUUCCAGCUCUUCACCUCCAUGGCCGACGUCACCAUCCAGUUCCAGUCGGAUCCGGGAAGCAGCGCCGUCGGUUACCGGCAGGGUUUCAUCGUCCAUUUUGCCGAGGUUCCACGCAAUGACACUUGCCCGGAGCUGCCGGAAAUUCCCAACGGCUGGAAGACCACCUCGCACCCAGAGCUGAUCCACGGGGCUGUGGUUACCUACCACUGCUACCCUGGCUAUGAGCUGGUGGGCACGGAGCUCCUGAUGUGCCACUGGGACCUGGUGUGGAGCGGGGACUUGCCCUCCUGCCAGAAAGUGACGGCGUGUCCGGACCCCGGAGAUGUGGAGCACAGCCGACGCGUGGUGUCCACCAGCAAGUUUCCAGUGGGCUCCACCAUCCAGUUCCUCUGCGACGGGGGCUUCGUCCUGGCUGGUGCUGCAGAGAUCGCCUGCCACGACCGGCCGGCUGGGGGUCCGAAGUGGAGUGACCGUCUGCCCAAAUGCAUCCCCGAGGUCUACGAACCCUGCCGCAACCCGGGCGGACCUGAACACAGCACUCAGCAUCCCGAAAAGCGGCUCUACCAAACCGGGGCCAGCCUGCGCUUCACCUGUGCCGCCGGCUACCUGCUGCUGGGCAACGCCGUCGUCCGAUGCCUACCUGGGCACCCCUCUCACUGGAGUGGCCCUCCCCCGCUUUGCAAAACUGCCUCCAGCAAUGAGUUUCAUGCCAACCCGAAACUGGAUGCUGUGGCCAAGGUGAUGCCAGCCAGGGACCCCUGGCAAGGGUCUAGCGUGGCCUUUGCCAUCUUCCUACCGGUGGCUGUCGUUGGGUUGCUUCUGGGCACCGUCUACCUGUACGUUUCCAGGCAUCAGGGGAAGUCAUCGCUGCCGGCACCCCUGUCAACGUCACAAUCCUACGACCACAUCCGAGGCGGUGCGGCUUUUGACAACCCCACGUAUGACACUCGAACUUUUCUCUCUGCAGGAGAUGCCGGCGGCAGCGUAUGAGGUCUCCAUCUAGGGCAGAGCCCACCCUCAAGGGGGGAGCCGGAGGGGCAGGCCUGACCCCCCCUGGAUCACAGAGGCUCCCCACUCCUCCCCCCCCCAACACAGGACCUGUAAAUACCUCCCAGCCAGACCUUCCAAGGAGAAAGACCACGCCGGGGGGGGGGGAGAUGAGCUGCUGGUGGAUGGUGCCUCCCCUUCCAGGACGCCCACCCCACACCCUCAGGACCCCACGGCCGCUGCAACAUCAGCCCCCCCCCCAGUGCAGAAUUUGCCUUCCUUCGGGAGAACUGCAGAAAGAUUUCUCUUUUUUUCAAAACGAACGCCGACGACCCUUUCUCAGGCUCUGGAGUCCACCUUGCGCUGUUUCUCCAGGGAGAGAUGCAGGAUGCUAUUUGAGCGAAGCCCUGAGGCUGUUCCCUAGUUGGGUCAGGAGACGUCUGCAAGAAAACAACGAAGCUCAAAGAGCAGCCGGGACCCCACAGUCGUCGUCUCCUCCUCCUCCUCCUC